AUUGCAAAUUAGUUGGAGCAGCUAAUUCUCUUUGAUGAAGUAAGAUGUUAGUUGGAGUCGGCUAUAUGAAUCUUGUGUAUCCAACUAUCCAUUCUGCUCUGGUCUAUUUCAUUCAAAUGCUAAAUAAUUUGUCUUUGAAGAUAAAUUAGGGAUUCUCUAGAGCUAGAGGUUCCCUCAGUCUCACACUUCUUAUCCCAUAUAGAUGUACAAGUCUAUGACUAGGAAUAAAAGAAUCUUGACACAACUUAUGUGAUUAGAUUUGUUCAAUUCCUAAAAGUGUUGCAGAAUUAAUGAAUUCUUAUAGGAGUUGCUAAUCCACCAACUUUAGGUGUGACUAUACUAGAAGAAAGAUGGAAAUUAUAUAAGGGUAUCAAAACCAAUAAAAGUUCACAGGGUUCAAAAAGAUUAGCGCUUCUUCGAAAAGAACAAACCGCAUGUUUUGUCUUAUAACAUAACAAGGCUUUGGAGUAUCUGAAAACAUUGAGUAACCUAUUAAGUACAAAAUUCCAAAUUUCCUUUUCACUUAAAGAGAACUGAAAACGUGCAUCCAUCUCAGGGCUACUGUUGAUGCAUAUCAUAUAUGAUGUGUCUGUUGACCUUUUUAGCUAAUAUAAAUCCUUGUUACGUUACUAAAAAGAAGGCAAAAUAACCAAAAAGAAGAAAAAGUAGGUUGUUUCUUUUGUUUCAUACUGGUGGAGUUAACUUUACUUCAGUUGCUUCCUCGCCGACACAACUUCAAAGUUCCUUCUCUUCAUUUCUUUUAAGACAUAAGUUGUGGAUUUAGAACGUGCACUCUGUUAGUCUAGGAGGAUUCGUAUCAAUUCUGCGAGCCAAAAAUGUUGGUUGAGAGAGCACUUAAAGAAUGCGGUGAUGAUCUAGAUUCUGCUAUCAAACGACUAAAUGAGCUUCGCUUGGGAUCUGGUGAUAAUCUGAGGCCUGUGGCAGGAAGCUCCGGCGCUACGCAUGAGGCCAGCAGCCAGUUUUUUACUCAAGGUGCGGCUGCAACUAACGGUGAGACCACACCUGCAGUGAAUUCAUCUGCUGCAAAAGUGGUGCAUAUGGAGAGUACAGAAUGGGUGGAGCUUUUUGUCGGAGAGAUGAUGAGUGCGUUAAAUAUAGAUGAUGCUAAAGCCCGUGCUUCACGAGCUCUUGAGGUGUUGGAGAAGUCCAUAUGUGCCCGUGCAACAGAGGCAACUGCCAGUUUCCAGCAGGUGGAGAAUUUAAUGCUCAAACAGCAGCUUGAAGCUCUUAUACAAGAGAAUGCUAUUUUAAAGCGAGCAGUUUCCAUCCAGCAUGAGCGUCAGAAGGAAUUUGAGGAUAGAGGGCACGAGUUGAAUCAGCUGAAGCAGACGGUGGCUCAGUACCAGGAGCAGCUUAGAACCCUUGAGGUCAAUAACUAUGCUCUCUCGAUGCACCUCAAGCAGGCUGAACAAAGCAACUCUAUUCCAGGGCAUUUCAAUCCCGAUAUCUUUUAGUAUGUAUCAUCUGUCCUUAUUGGCUGCGUAAUGGGGGAAUAGAAACAGUGAUGUCCUAUUGUCACAUUAGUAACAAGUGUCUCCUUGUAGAUAUAAUAUAAGGCUAGAACUUCUGUCGUUUGAUCAAAGUGCCCUGCU